UUCAUCACAGUCACUCCAUCCUCAUUCAUCAUGUCUAACGCUCUCGACGCUCUCAAGGCCACCGGCACCGUUGUCGUCUCGGACUCGGGCGACUUCGAGUCGAUCGCCGCCUACAAGCCCCAGGACGCUACCACCAACCCCUCCCUCAUCCUCGCCGCUACCAAGCUCCCCGCCUACGCCAAGCUGAUCGACGCUGCCGUUGCCGCCGGCAAGAAGCAGUCGGGUGACAUCGAGGCUCAGAUCGACUUCGCUGUUGACUCGCUCCUCGUCGAGUUCGGCAAGGAGAUCCUCAAGAUCGUCCCCGGCCGUGUCUCCACCGAGGUCGACGCCAAGUACUCCUUCGACAAGGCUGCUACCAUCAAGAAGGCGCACCAGCUCAUCGAGCUCUACAAGUCGGUUGGCGUUGACAAGGACCGUGUCCUCAUCAAGAUCGCCUCGACCUGGGAGGGUAUCCAGGCUGCCGCCGAGCUCGAGAAGGAGGGCAUCCACUGCAACCUCACCCUUCUUUUCGGCUUUGCUCAGGCCGUCGCCUGUGCCGAGGCCGGCGUCACUCUCAUCUCGCCCUUCGUUGGCCGUAUCCUCGACUGGUACAAGAAGACCACCGGGGAGGAGUACACCUCGGAGACCGACCCCGGUGUCAAGUCGGUUCGCCGCAUCUACACCUACUACAAGCAGCACGGCUACAAGACUAUUGUCAUGGGUGCCUCGUUCCGCAACACUGGCGAGAUCACCGCCCUCGCCGGCUGCGACUUCCUCACCAUCGCCCCCAAGCUGCUCGAGGAGCUUAAGAACUCGAGCGCCCAGGUGCCCCAGGUUCUCUCGGCUGACAAGGCCAAGUCGGCCGAGGCCAUCCCCAAGGUUUCGUACAUCUCGGACGAGGCCAAGUUCCGCUGGGACCUCUUCGCCGACCAGAUGGCCUUCGACAAGCUCCACGAGGGCAUCCGCGGCUUUGCCAAGGACGGCAACACCCUCCGCGAGCUCAUCGCUUCCAAGAUCAAGGCGUAAUUUGCCGAGAUUAGGGCGUAAUUUGACGAAGUGUAGAGAUUGUAGUUGAUUCAUGCAGUAUG